CAGGACUGGGACAAGCCAUACAAGCGUAAUACUACUAAUUUUGCUUUUUUUUCACGCACAAAUAUAAAUUUUUCUCCAUCCAGGAUCGCCGGUUAUUUUCAAUAACUAGAAUAUACCUUCUUGAACAGUAUAAUUUCAUUCUGCACGGGUGAUAUUUUCUGUCAGUUAUUUUGUUGCCAAUAAUUUGAGUGUCUUUUGAUCAUUUCCAAAAUGCCCCCUCCUUUAAGUAACUUACGGUUUGCUGUUGUAUGCUCUAGUAAUAUGAAUCGAAGUAUGGAAGCCCAUGCUUUCCUCAGCAAAAAAGGGUUUUCAGUGAAAUCAUUUGGGACUGGUGACAAGGUGAAACUUCCUGGAACAGCACUAGACAAGCCAAAUGUAUAUGAGUUCACCACAACAUAUGAUGAAAUAUACAAAGACUUGCAAGCAAAAGACAAGUCCUACUACACCCAAAAUGGUUUACUUCAUAUGUUAGACAGAAAUAGAAGGAUCAAACCUUGUCCAGAGCGAAUUCAGGUGUCAACUGACCAGUUUGACAUCAUCAUCACCUGUGAAGAGAGAGUUUAUGACCAAUUAAUUGAAUAUUUUGAGACAAGAACUCCGGUCGAUAAUGCACCAGUCCAUGUCAUAAAUGUUGACAUUCAAGAUAACCAUGAAGAAGCAACCAUAGGAGCUUUUAUGAUCUGUGAAUUAGCCACUUUGUUAUCCAAAAGCAAAGAUGUUGAUAAUGAAAUUGACUACAUUCUACACGAGUAUGAAACCAAAUGCAACAGGCCUCUACUUCACUGCUUGUUGUUUUACUGACGAAGAGUUGUCACUCAGGUGUUAUUUUUUUCUUUUUUAAAUUGAAAGCGUAUUAUCUAGCAAAUGCAUGAUUGCGCAUGCAGCAUUUACUGUUCUCAAAUGCUUGAAUUUUCAAUUAUGUCUCAAUUUCUGUGAUAUAGUAUCUAUUAACCAAUGUUUUAAAUUGAUUAAGAAAUGAGUAUAAAAUAAUUUAUUAAUUUUUCAUCAUCACCUCUUUUAUAAUUUCCAUUUUCAUUUGAUUUGAUAAAAACAAAAUUUCAAAUUCAGACUUAUCCUAUUUAUACAUGACUUACCUGUAUAAAUCACUUACUUCUCCAAAA